CCUCCUAAACAAAUGCAUGAUUGAGGGAAUUUUCUUUUUUCCCAUCAUCUUUUGAAUUUAUCUAGAUUGGGUUAAUUUGGUUAUUGCAUCUUUAUAUAUUCUUUUCUUCACUUUGUUGAACAAGUGGCAGGCAUGUUGGUUCUCACUUUACCACCAAAAACCUCUGUUUUUUUCUAGGGCUCUGACAGAGGCUUCUGAGUGAUUGCAGUUGUAGUAUGAGAAGCAUAUGAGGACUAGUGCAUUACAUAAUCAAAACAAAUCCAGUUGAAGAUUUGGUCUUGUUGAAUCCAUCAAACUACUCUUUUAACAGCUUGUCUCCAGCUUCCUCUUAUUACCUAAAUUUCUCUCUCCACAUUCUUGAUCAUUUGCUUCAAUGGAAAUAAGAGAGGCUGCUGUUUUGGGUUGUGUGGUUUUGUUCAGUUUCUGGGCUUCUACAAGUGCUUUGCUUACCCCUAAAGGUGUCAACCUUGAAGUACGUGCUUUGAUGGGUAUCAAAGAUUUGCUGGUUGAUCCUCACGGGGUUCUAGAAAAAUGGGAUGAUAAUUCUGUUGAUCCAUGUAGUUGGGCUAUGGUCACUUGUUCUGCUGAAAAUCUAGUCAUUUCCCUAGGAACUCCAAGCCAGAAUUUAUCUGGUACUCUUUCACCGAGCAUCGGAAACUUGACAAAUCUCCAGACUGUGCUACUACAGAACAACCACAUAUCGGGGCCACUUCCCUCUGAGCUUGGGAAGCUUUCAAAACUUAAAACACUUGAUCUUUCAAACAACAACUUUACUGGAGAAAUUCCCUCUUCUCUAGCCAAUUUGAAAAGCCUCCAAUAUCUGAGGAUAAACAAUAACAGCCUGUCUGGAGCAAUUCCUUUGUCUUUGGCUAACAUGACCCAACUCACCUUUGUGGACAUGUCUUUCAAUAAUUUGAGUGGUCCUGUACCUAGGCUUCUUGUUAAAACAUUCAAUGUUUUCGGAAACCCAGUGAUAUGUGCAACUGGGAAAGAGCCCGACUGCAACGGAACAACACCAUUACCAUUGUCUAUCCCCUUGAAUUAUCCACAAAAUUUUCAACCUUCUGGAACACCUAAAAGUCACAAAGUUGCCUUGGCCUUUGGGACAAGCCUUGGCUGCAUCUGCCUCCUGAUUGUUGGGUUUGGGUUUCUUCUAUGGUGGAGGCAAAGGCACAACCAGCAGAUAUUCUUGGAUGUUAAUGAACCACAUCAUGAAGAAGUAUGCCUUGGAAACUUGAGGAGGUUCCAGUUCAGAGAACUUCAAAUUGCCACAAACAACUUCAGCAGUAAGCACAUACUAGGGAAGGGUGGCUUUGGAAUUGUCUACAAAGGAUAUCUCCAAGACGGGACCAUUGUAGCCGUAAAAAGGCUCAAAGAUGGAAAUGCAAUCGGAGGAGAGAUCCAAUUUCAGACUGAAGUUGAGAUGAUCAGCCUAGCAGUGCAUAGGAAUCUACUCCGUCUAUAUGGGUUUUGUAUGACAUCAACAGAAAGGCUUUUGGUAUACCCCUACAUGUCCAACGGGAGUGUUGCUUUACGUCUCAAAGCGAAACCAGCUUUGGAUUGGGGUACAAGGAAAAGAAUCGCGUUGGGUGCUGCAAGGGGUUUACUAUACCUGCACGAGCAGUGUGACCCAAAAAUAAUUCACAGGGAUGUUAAGGCAGCAAAUAUACUGCUUGAUGAUGACUGUGAGGCUGUGGUGGGAGAUUUUGGAUUGGCAAAGCUAUUGGAUCACCGGGAUUCACAUGUCACAACAGCAGUUCGAGGCACUGUUGGGCAUAUAGCUCCUGAAUAUCUCUCCACAGGCCAGUCAUCAGAGAAGACAGAUGUUUUUGGGUUUGGAAUUCUUCUUCUAGAAUUGAUUACUGGCCAAAGAGCCUUGGAAUUUGGGAAAGCUGCAAACCAGAAAGGAGCCAUGCUUGAUUGGGUCAAGAAAAUUCACCAGGAAAAGAAGCUCGAUAUGCUAGUGGACAAGGACCUGAAGAAUAACUAUGAUCGAAUUGAGCUCGAGGAAAUGGUACAAGUAGCUCUGUUGUGUACCCAAUAUCUUCCAAGCCAUAGACCCAAGAUGUCAGAAGUUGUUCGAAUGCUAGAAGGAGAUGGACUUGCAGAGAAAUGGGAAGCUUCUCAAAGAGCUGAAGCAAACAGGUACAGAGCCAAUGAAUUCUCGUCGUCAGAACGAUAUUCUGAUCUUACAGAUGACUCUUUGUUGCUUGUCCAAGCAAUGGAGCUAUCAGGACCCAGGUGAUAAAAUUUUAAGAGAAGGAAAGAAGUAAAAGAAGCAUGAAGAAGAAGAAGAAGAAGAACCCUGUAACAGAAUGUUAUAGAAAGUAGUUGUGUGAAAUGAAUUUCUGUAUAAUACCAUCAUAUGGGAAGUUCCAAAAGUGGUUUGAAUUUCUGACUGUACAGAAUCAAAUCUGAGAAACUGACAUUUAGGUUGCAUUUUACAUGUCUAUUUGUUACUGUUGAGUGAGGAUUUUUCUGGGUACAAGCUUGUAAGAAUAAUGUUCUUGCAAAAUGGAAUGAUAUUUUCAAUUAUCUUUUUUUUUUCUUUUUC